UCUUGUCCUGGUGCGCAUGCGCAGUGCUGACGUUCUGAACUACAUUGAAGUUGUGUGGAGUCGCACAAUAACAGCGAAACCCGAAUAUAAGUUCUGCGUUCUGUACAACAAUGUAUUCCGUUCAUUUGUAGGACUGUCUCAUGGAAACACGACAUGCUUUUGACCAAUCUCCAGCCAUUUAAGCGACGACUAAGUUACCAGAAUAUGCGUGAUACUGCUGGAUGAUUAACGUGAGUUAUUGAUGGGGCUCUAGAUAAAAGGUGCUUUUACAUGCAUCAAGGCUCUUCUGGAAGAUGAAUGUGUAUUAAGGGUCUUAAGGGAAGCUGAGAAGUUGCUGGAUGAGGUGAGGAAUUGCCAGUAGUAAUGGCAGAUGGUUUUCUCUACAAUGGAGGUUUGGAGUCAGAACAGAGUUCCCAACCUGCUGCUUAUGAUUCCUCGAAUGCUCAAACCGAAGCUUCAGCCCAGGACGCAGAUUGGGCUCCUGAUGGUUCUGACUUCUCGACUAACCGUGCUGAAUCCACAAAUCUGCACAGUGAAAAUCGGCAGAGCCCUGAGUCGGAGGAUCCAGAUUCCUAUAACCCCAUCGAGCCCCCGCCACUGGACUGGAGGUCCGACUCUUCCAGCGAGGCCGGUUCGGUUGUAGGGCUUGAAAGCCGUUCGGUGGGAGAUUUAGAGGCUCCUGGAUCUUUCGACACGGGGUUGAAUGAAGACACGGUGUCUGCAGUAAGCGACUACGGAGCUCAGGUCUCCAGCGACGCUUCUGACAAAACCGAAGAGCUUUUAGCUCAAGAAAUGUGUGAGAAUAAGCCUGAAGUGUGUGUUUUUCAGCAGCAGGAUGGGCAGCAAGAAACAAAAGAGAAAUACGUAGAGGAUAGAGAAUUGAGGAAUGAAGAGAAAAUCAAAGACAAAAGUGCGAAACAUGAUAUUGACCACUCGCACAUUCAGAGUCUCCUCACUCAGCUCCAUCUUUUUCAUCCAUCAGCUACUUUAGAGAAUCCACUGCACCACUGCACACCUGAUGAAUCAGCCAGUCGCGGCGCUCCACACAAGUCGAAUACUCCAGCGGAGGCCGCUGCGUCCUCCUUCCAAGAGCUUGAGUUUAGUGUCCAGUCAGCAUGUGCAGAUGCGGACAGAAACGUCCCUGAAGCUUUGCUCUUUUCACAUGAGUAUCAGAAAGAUCUGCUACAGCUGCUAGAGGCACCAGAGGCUGCCCCACUGUUUGUUCACGCACCCCCGGUGACCCCCAAACAUCAGUCAGGGCUCAGAAGGCAGAGCAGUGAUGCAGAUGAGAUGAUCUCCAUAUCUCACAGCGAAGACGCUUGGCACAGACACCUGCAGGAUGAGCUGUUGGUCUCAGGAAUCAUAGAGGAGGAGCAGUGGACGGCAUCUAAAGGCCUUAGCGCGGAUCAGUCCGGCUCCCCAAACAAUGAUCUGGAAGCUGAGACACAGCCGGCUUAUAAGAGUGUGCCUGGACCAUGUGAUCCUGAAGACCUCCUGGAAGGGGUGAUAUUUGGAGCUAAAUAUCUUGGAUCUACACAAUUACAGUCCGAGAAAAAUCCCUCCACCAACGCCCGGAUGGCUCAGGCGCAGGAAGCUGUGGAUCGCAUCAAGGCACCUGAAGGAGAGUCUCAGCCUAUGACAGAGGUCGAUCUGUUCAUUUCUACACAGAGAAUCAAAGUACUGAGUGCUGACACACAGGAGGCCAUGAUGGACCAUGCUCUGCAGAUGAUUUCAUACAUCGCAGACAUUGGAAACAUCGUAGUUUUGAUGGCCCGCAGGAAGCCAGCCAAUCGCAAAUCGGCAGACUCGCCGGCUAGCUCUGCAGCACCACCGAAGAAGUGCUGGAUGAUCUGCCACGUGUUUUCUUCAGAGGAUGCUCAGAUCAUCGCACAGGCCAUUGGUCAGGCUUUUGGUGUCACAUAUCAGCAGUUUCUGUACACUAAUGGAAUAAAAGCUAGUGAUCUGAAGCCAGGCGAGUACAGCGAUUACCUCGGCACUCAAGAACUUUAUAACGGAGACCUGGUUCACUUUUCUCGCUCUGAAAACAUCAGAGAGGUGUGCAUAUCAAAAAAGCCAGGAGAGAUAUUAGGCCUCGCGAUCGUGGAGUCUGGCUGGGGCUCCAUCUUGCCGACUGUGGUAGUAGCCAAUCUGCUGCACGGCGGCCCUGCGGAAGGUUCUGGAGAGCUGAGCAUUGGCGAUCGCAUCAUGUCCGUUAAUGGCACCAGUCUGGUGGGCCUCCCCAUCACCACCUGCCAAAGUAUCAUACGAGAUUUAAAGAACCUGUCGAUAAUAAAGCUCAGCAUCGUUCACUGUCCACCUGUCACCAUGGCGAUCAUUAAGCGUCCAGACCCCAAGUAUCAGCUGGGCUUCAGCGUGGAAGACGGGAUUAUUUGCAGUUUAAUGCGUGGUGGAAUAGCUGAGCGGGGCGGCAUUCGAGUUGGUCAUCGUAUCAUUGAGAUCAAUGGACAGAGUGUCGUAGCUACACCUCACGAGAAGAUCAUUCACAUCCUGACCAAUGCUGUAGGAGAAAUUCAUCUGAAGACUAUGCCGACAUCAACGUACCGUCUCCUGACUGGCCUAGAUCAGCCGGUGUUCCUUUAGGAGGCGGGUCCUCUCAGGUCCUCUCGGUCACAUGCACAUGCCACUGAACACUUGACUGAAGUGUAGAAAAGGGCUCUGCCUUUUAGCAGAUGCAUUAAAGCUGAACAGUGUAAGAAUGUAUAGAGAUCAUGGACCUCCAAUUUAAAGCUGUUUUAGAGCUGCUGGUUUGCAUGUGUACAUUUGUUGUUUUUGCUCUUGCUGCUGAGCCAAGGUGCCUGAAGACGAGCCUUGUGUUUGAAUGACUAUGCAUUAGAAUCCACACUCAGAUCAUCUUGAGCCUCCCAUCUCAAGCUUCCAGCACUUCUCCACUACCGCAGAACAGAUUUGAUGUUCAGUGUUUUUAAAUGGUUUACAUGCUCUUUACAGAGCUCAAGAAUUAGUGCCUGUAAAAACAUGAAUGGACCUAUGCCUUGGUUUGUUUUUAGCUGUAGAGAGAGGUAUAUUUUAAUAACUGCUGUAUUAGAUGUUUAUUAAAGAUAGUACAUAAAGACA